CAAGUAGAAGAAGAAACAAGAAGAUGCUAACCUAACUUUUCAAUCAGCUGUCAAAAACCAAAACAUUGAAUUAGGUAACACAUUCAAAUCAAAUUUUUAUACAAUUAUGGCCUCAAUUUUAAGGCAACUAACGAAAACCCUUCGCAGUCCUACGAACAGGACUACAGUUGCCUUAAACUGGGCCCGUCUACAAAGCACAGAAGCAAGCAGUGCUCCUACUGAAGAAAUUAGACCUACCGUAAGGAAACAUGACCACUUGCAACGGUCACAAUUAAAGGAGUUUGGCAAAUAUGUGGCAGAAUGUUUGCCUAAAUAUGUUGAAAAGGUACAAAUUACUGGAGGUGAUGAGCUGGAGAUUCUAAUUGCCCCUGAGGGUGUACUUCCAGUGUUGCAAUUUUUGAAGGAUCAUCACAAUUGCCAGUUUUCCAAUUUGUCCGAUAUUGCUGGAAUGGAUGUUCCUUUACGCCCUUACAGGUUUGAGAUAAUCUACAACAUCCUAUCAGUUCGUUACAACUCAAGAAUUAGAGUUAAGACAUACACUGAUGAGCUGACCCCAGUUGACUCUUGCAACAACAUUUACAAGGCGGCAAAUUGGUACGAGAGGGAAAUCUGGGAUAUGUAUGGAGUCUUCUUUGCUAACCAUCCUGAUUUGAGAAGAAUUCUUACUGAUUAUGGUUUUGAGGGACAUCCAUUUAGGAAAGAUUUCCCAUUGAGUGGUUAUGUUGAAGUGAGAUAUGAUGAUGAAAAGAAGAGAGUUGUUGUUGAGCCUUUGGAAAUGGCACAAGAGUUCAGGAAAUUUGAUUUGUCUGCCCCUUGGGAGCAGUUCCCUCAGUUUAGAAAGAAAAACUUGCCUGCUCCUGAGGAAAUUAAAGCGGAAGAGAAAUAAGUUAAUUUUUGGUAAAAAGUGUAAGUUAACUUUGUUGAUUGAUGUAAUAAAGUUGUAAGUAAGAA